GCCUCUUCACGAGAAUGACGCCCGUCACGUCUGGGAGCGCCUGGCGCACACAAGGAUGCAAUGCGCGGCUCGUGACAUAAAUUGCUUUCAACGCGCGCACUUAAGGAAGCUUUCCUGAGACUCCUGCCCAAGCCUGCCACCGCGACUCGGGGUGCCGUGCAGGACAGGGGUGGGCUGGCGUGUGUCCACGUCCCUGUGCAGCCUGCCUCGACUGUCUUCGCUGUCAUCACGCCGAUGACGAGAAGAUUUCCCGACAGCAGAGCACGAGCACCGUGAUGAUGGGAGGCGGACGAUGCCACGGGGACCCUUUCACUCCGCUCCACAGCUGACCUGCGUGCGCACCGCCAGGAAGCUUUUCUUUAACGACAAAUCACUGGCUUCCAGGAGAAAAGACGUCGGGAUAGAUCACAGCAUCACGCUGAGAAGAAGAAGGAGAUUCGUAGAGCGAGUGUGAGCAUCGACAAGCUCGCACGCGCAGGAUCGAUCACCAUCACCAUCAUCAUCUCCACUCUCAUCGACUGCAUAACCACUCUCAUCGUCGCAAUUAUCUCUAUUCUCAUCACUAACAUCUACAUCAUCAUUGCCAUCAGUUUCACCACCACCACCACCACUUGUAUCAUCAUCAUCAUCUAUGUUACCAUCACCACCACCAAGACGACUUUCAUCCCUACACGUGCUGGUGCUGUAACCAUCACUACGCGCGUUGCUCUCCCAACGAGGACAACAACAACAACAAAGUCAACAAAGUCAAGGCUCGUGGCUCCACUCGCCACCCAUCUGUCACAAUGUCCUGCAUGGUCGGCAUCCCCCAGUCGAGCGGCUUCUUUCGCCACUUCACCAAGGAGUCCGUGGCCAGGAUCGAGGAGCAGAUCGCCUGGGAAAAGGAGCGCAAGGCAGACAAAGAUUCCACCGUGGUGAUUGAGAAGGUGAAACCGCUCAAUUUCUUGGAGGCGGACAGGACCAUGCCAUUUGUGUAUGGAGAGGUUCCGCCGAAGAUGAUCUCGGAGCCGCUCGAGGACCUGGACCCCUACUACAGGAACAAGAUGACGUUUUUGGUUCUCAACAAAGGCAAGACCAUCUUCAGGUUUAAUGCGUGCAAGGCGCUUUGUCUCUUCACAGUGUUCAACCCCAUUAGGAGAAUAUCUAUCAAGAUCCUCACUCACUCAUUAUUCACCAUCCUCAUUAUGGCGACCAUUCUGACCAACUGUGUCUUCAUGGCUAUCAAUACGGAGCUGAAGGUUGUGGAGUAUGUGUUCACCGCCAUCUACAUGUUCGAGGCUCUGGUCAAGAUUCUGGCUCGAGGCUUCUUCUUCGGGGCCUUCACCUACCUGAGGGACCCGUGGAACUGGCUGGACUUGGCCGUACUUGUCAUCGCAUGUUUUACCAGCAUACCAGGUUUCGCAAAUCUGUCAGCACUGCGGAUGUUCCGAGUGAUGAGGGCGUUGAAAACCAUUUCCGUGGUUCCAGGCCUGAAGACGAUCGUCCGAGCGCUCAUCCAGUCGGUGAAGAAGCUCUCAGACGUCACCAUCCUCACCUUGUUCUGCCUCAGCAUCUUCGCGCUGAUCGCCCUGCAGCUCUUCAAGGGCAAUCUGAAGAACAAGUGCGUCCGCUGGCCAAUUCCGGGCAACUUCAAUUUCAUUAACAUCUCAGAGUACCUGGAGGACAAAGAAAAUUACUACUUCCACAAGAAUGUGCCACUACUCUGUUCAAACUCAUCGGAAAAUAAUACUUGCCCUGAUGGGUACACCUGCCUCAAGGCCGGGAAAAACCCAAACUACGGCUACACCAACUACGACAAUUUCGGCUGGGCUUUCCUCUCCUUGUUCCGGCUCAUGACGCAGGACUACUGGGAGAACCUCUAUCAGCUGACCCUGCGCGCGUCCGGCAAGGUGUACAUGAUAUUCUUCGUGAUGGUCAUCUUCCUGGGCUCCUUCUACCUCAUUAACCUCAUCCUGGCCGUGGUAGCCAAGUCUUACGAGGAGCAGAACCUGGCCACGCAGCAGGAGGCCGAACGCAAGAAGGACGAGCUUCAGGAGAUGCUGGAGCAGCUGAAGAUCCAGAAGGAGGAUCAGGUCGCCAUGGCGACCGGUCAAUCACGGAGGCCCAGCUACUGCCGGAGCCGGAUGGCCUCGGACCAAUCGCAUGGGAGCGACACGGGCAGCGUGACGGGGGUGCUGGCGGUGCCGCGGGCUUUGGAGCGCCGUGGCACUCUGCUGCCGGAGGCCUCCGAGAACGGCAACGAUCUGAGCCAGCAGCUGGGCCGCAAGGUGUACGUCCUGCACCCCGACGAUCGGCAGGAGUGCGACAACGCCGGCUCGCUGCUGUCCAUAGUGAUGAGUGCCACUCCGCAGCGUGUGAGCAUGGGCAGCGUGUUCCGUGGCUCGGAUGACUUAAUGCUGAACGGGCGGCAGAUCAAUCGCGAGGGCGACACGGGCAGCUGCCAGGAGGUCCCCUACCAGCCGUGGCUCGAGCGCAUGCCGCUGGGGAGCCGCAACAGCCAGAGCAGUGAGGGGGGGAAAACGAUGGAUCACCUGGGAUUUGAAGGAACCAUGAGAAUGAGGUCUGAUUCCUUUCAGAUUUCGGCAGAUUUUUUGGAUGAUCCUAUCAGCCGGGAGCGUGCGAUGAGUGCAAUAAGUGCCAUUGAAGAAGAAGAGAAGAAGACCAAGUGCCCGCCGUGCUGGGACAGAUUCGUCAACAAGUUCCUCAUCUGGACCUGCUGCCCGUUCUGGAUGAGGGUGAAGCGGCUGGCCAAGAUAGUGGUCAUGGACCCCUUCUUCGACCUCUUCAUCACCCUCUGCAUCAUCAUCAACACGGUGUUCAUGGCCAUGGAGCACUACCCCAUGAAGCCUGAAUUUCAAACGAUGCUGGACACCGGCAACAAGCUCUUCACCGCGAUAUUCGCUGCGGAGAUGGUGCUGAAGCUGGUUGCGCUCGACCCAUUCUACUACUUCCAGCAGAAGUGGAACAUCUUCGACUCAUGCAUCGUGACGCUCAGCUUCGUGGAGCUGGGCCUGACCGGCGUCGAUGGCCUCUCCGUGCUGCGCUCCUUUCGCCUGCUGAGGGUGUUCAAGCUAGCCAAGUCGUGGCCCACGAUGAACGCCCUCAUCAAGAUCAUCGGCAACUCCGUCGGGGCCCUGGGCAACCUCACCGUCAUCCUGGUCAUCGUCAUCUUCAUCUUCGCCGUGGUGGGCGUGCAACUCUUCGCGAAGCAUUACGAUGAAAAUAAGGCGAUGCAGAUAAUUCCCAACGAGUGUCCCCUACGCUGGCACAUGCGGGACUUCUUCCACUCCUUCCUGAUCGUCUUCCGCAUCCUGUGCGGCGAGUGGAUCGAGAACAUGUGGAUCUGCAUGGAGCUCGCGGGCCAGCCGCUCUGCAUCGUUGUCUUCAUGAUGGUGCUCAUAUUCGGAAACCUUGUGGUGCUGAACCUCUUCUUGGCGCUGCUGCUCAGCUCAUUCUGCGCAGAAAACUUCACGGCGGCAGACGACGACACAGAGGCGACCAACAUGAAGAUCGCGCUGGGCCGUAUCCGCAACGGGAUCGCCUACGUGGCCUCCAGCAUCCGCCGCUUCGUCUGCAAGGUGCUGCGCUGCGGGAAGGUGCCGGACAGCAGGCAGAAGAUCGACAUCGUCAAGCUGGAGCAGAUGAAAAAUGUCUCCGUGGGUUUCGCGGGCACCAACGGCGCGAACCAUGUGCACAAAGUCGUGUCCAACGGCAGCGUGUCGAGCAUGGCCGUGCCUGUCGCCAUGCCCGAGCUCGAGUCCGACAUACCUGACCACGGCUCCACGCUCACGGGUUACUCCACCCAGAGCCUGGGCUCCAGCCUGGUGGACGAGGCAAUGGAGGUGGAGGUGACUGACGGAGUGCUGGCGAGCGAAGACGAGAAGACAAAGCAGCAGGAGGAGGAGGAGGAAGCGGAGAAGAAGUAUGGGGAACCGGAAAUCGUGGAGCUAGGACCUGGAGACUGCUUUCCAAAUGUGAUCGCACGGAACUUCCCGUGUUGCAACGUGGACGUGACGCGGGGCUGCUGCCUGCCAUGCUGGACCCUGCGGCGGACAUGCUUCACCAUCGUGGAGCACAACUGGUUCGAGACGUUCAUCAUCUUCAUGAUCCUUCUCAGCAGCGGAGCCCUCGCAUUUGAAGAUGUUUACAUCGAGCAAAGGAAAAUGUUGAAGACCUUGCUGGAGUACGCCGACAAGGUGUUCACGUUCAUUUUCAUCAUCGAGAUGUUGCUCAAGUGGGUCGCCUAUGGCUUCAAGAAUUACUUCACCAACGCAUGGUGCUUGCUGGACUUUGUCAUCGUCGGGGUGUCGGUGACAUCCCUCAUCGCCUCGUUCAUCGGAUACGACCAGCUGACGGCCAUCAAGUCACUGCGGACCCUGCGCGCUCUCAGGCCUCUCCGGGCCCUGUCUCGUUUCGAGGGGAUGAGGGUGGUGGUGAACGCGCUCGUGGGCGCCAUCCCCUCCAUCAUGAACGUGCUGCUCGUGUGCCUCAUCUUCUGGCUCAUCUUCAGCAUCAUGGGCGUCAACUUUUUCAAGGGAAAGUUCUUCAAGUGCGUGAACAGUACGGACGACAGCACGAUGAACGAGUCAAUAAUCCCCCACCAAAACGCGUGCUUGGAGCAGUCGCCCUUUCUGCGCUGGAAGAACCUUCCUGUCAACUUCGACAACGUGGCCUCCGGAUACCUGGCCCUGCUGCAAGUCUCCACAUUCAAGGGAUGGAUGGAUAUCAUGUACGCUGCAGUUGAUUCUCGUCAAAACAAUACCGAACAGCCUCGGUUUGAGGAGAGUUCGGGAUACUAUUUGUUCUUUGUCAUCUUCAUUAUAUUUGGAGCAUUUUUCAUCCUCAACCUUUUCAUUGGUGUGAUCAUUGACAACUUCAACCAGCAAAAGAAAAAGUUUGGUGGAGAAGACAUCUUCCUCACUGAGGAGCAGAGGAAAUACCACAACGCGAUGAAGAAGCUCGGAUCCAAGAAGCCCAGAAAGCCAGUGCCAAGACCGAAUAACAAGUACCAGGGAAUGGCGUACGACCUCGUGCACUGGCAGGCAUUUGAGAUUGGCAUCAUGGUGCUAAUCUGCCUCAACAUGCUGACCAUGAUGAUAGAGGCGGACGAGCAGAGCGACGCGAUGAGAACGGCACUGUACAUCACCAACAUCGUCUUCAUCGGCAUCUUCACCACCGAGUGUGUCCUCAAAAUGUUCGCACUUCGACAGUACUUCUUCACGUUCCCGUGGAACGUGUUUGACUUUGCCGUCGUCACCUUGUCCGUCUUCGUGAAGGUUUUUGUGUUCGUGUGGAGAAAAAGAGACCCAAUGUUGGAUCCGUCCAUUGACCUCGCGAUGGCUGACAACAGCUGGCUGUCCAACAUCGUGGAGCCAACUUUGUUCCGGGUGGUGCGUCUCUUCCGAGUUGGUCGCAUCCUGCGUCUCAUCCGCGGGGCGCAGGGCAUCCGCACGCUGCUCUUCGCGCUGCUCAUGUCGCUGCCGGCGCUCUUCAACAUCGGCCUGCUCCUCUUUGUGGUCAUGUUCAUCUUCUCCGUCUUCGGCAUGUCCAACUUUGGCUACCUGAAGCACACGGCCGGCAUCGACGAUAUCUUCAACUUCGAGACGUUCGGCGGCUCCAUGCUGUGCCUCUUCCAGAUCACGACGUCAGCCGGCUGGGACGGGCUCCUGGCACCGACCCUCUUGAGCAAGGAGCCGGACUGCGAACCGAACGCCGUUCACGUGGGCACCAACGUCGUGGGCAACUGCGGCAACAAGGCCAUCGGCUGCGCGUUCUUCGUGACGUACAUCAUCAUCUCCUUCCUCAUCGUCGUCAACAUGUACAUCGCCGUCAUCCUCGAGAACUUCAAUGUGGCCACGGCGGAGAGCAGCGAGCCGCUUAGCGAGGAUGACUUUGAGAUGUUCUACGACAUCUGGGGAAAGUUCGACCCCAACGCCACGCAGUUCAUCUCAUUCACAGAGCUCCCGAAUUUCAUCGACAGCCUCGACGAACCGCUGCGCGUGCCCAAGCCCAACCAGCUGGCUGUGGCAGUCAUGGACCUGCCGAUAGUGGAAGGCGACCGCAUCCACUGCCUGGAGGUGCUCUUCGCUCUCACCAAGCGCGUGCUCGGUCAGGGUGAGGGCCUGGAGGGCCUGCGUGAGCAGAUGGAGGAGCGCUUCAUCGCGGCCAACCCCGAGCAGGUGAACCUCGAGCCCGUGACGACGACACUGCAGCGGCAGCAGCAGGAGAUGGCCGCGCUCAAGAUCCAGAAGGCCUACAGGAAGUACCUGGAGUCGCUGCCGCCCGAGGGAGGGCCCGCGCGGCUGGCGGCGCUACGCGAGAUGCGUCGCGCCAGCAAGGCCCGCGACCACAUCGCCACGGUGGUCACGGCGACACGUCAAAUGGCUUCGGCGGAGGCGUUGAGCUCGUCGGGCGAAGACGAGGGUCUGACAGCCGCCAGCAGCAACGGCAAGAUUUCGGAAAGCUCAAAAACUGGCUGAGCUCAGUUCUGCCUUAAAAGAAAGAUGUAAAAAUAGACGCUGCCAAGAGUGGAGGUUGUGAGACGCGACUGGGAUGAGUUCGUUUUUUUUUUUUCGAUUGCGCUUACUGACGCAAAAUGGUAUUUAAACACCGUGCUUAUUACUGCAGCUGGGAUUGAAAAUAAGAAUAUUAAAAUAAGCAAGCUAGUUAUCAGUGUUUGGCUGAACAUUUUACACAUUUUAUAACUUUUCCUGGACAUUUAUAUAUAUAAAAAAACACAGGAUAUGGGUUAGAUAGUACCAAACACUGGAACAGCAGAACACUCUUUAAAUACAGGAAUUACAUGUUUAUUUGAAGAUGACAUCUUUGUGAACAAAAUAGAAAUAAGCAUGUGAUUAGUCUAAGACCAGUAUCACUUUCGUUUAUACAUAUCUAUACAAUAUGUACUUGUAUAUCAGCUCAUAUUCGCUGUAUUUAAAAUUUAGUUCGGUUUAUAUUUUUGCCUCUUAGAUUCUGUUAUUAUUUGUGUCAUAUUCAUCAUCAUCACUAUCAUCAUCAUCCCUCAUGUGACUUGAUGUGCUUCCUCUAUAGGCAUUGAACAAUGACCCAAGAUCACGCAGUGACAGCAAAAUCAGUCACUGCAACAUGUAGCUGCUUGAGAUGCAGGUGUUUCCAGUUGCUGUAUAAAAUCUGAAAGUGCAUUGUAUCAGCUGUCUGUUGCCAUCUCGCUGCACAUUUAACCUCAACUCAUCAUAAAUGAGGCAGAAAAUAUAAAUAGCUCGACGUCAAAAUAAUAAGUGACCUGUGUACCAUUUACCUACCUUGUUUUUUAGGUGUGCUGUCAAUAAGCUGACUUAAGCUGAGUCACGGCGCUUUGUAUUAAUAACACAAUUUGUAAAAUUGCGGUCAGCAGAGAGCAGUAUGGCAAAAUCCAUUGUUAUACUGUACUGUGAACCAACGUCUGUGUUCUCCACCUUUACCAACCCGCACUGACCAGCGUGGUAAAGUAUGGUCAAGGAAACCCCAUGACCUUCAUGGCAAUGAUCACCUGCCAUCCAGCAGUGGACUGACGGAAAGGGCCGUGGAUGUUCUAUAACCCAUUAAAAUGAGUGAAUGUUUACAGCACACAUCAUGUCACUUGCAGCGUCACUUCUGAGGGUUCAGAGGUCAAGAUGCUCGUGAGUGAGUGUGUACUCGUUCAUGGUUCUGGACUGUGGAAGCCUAGAGCCUGAGAAAGGGAUGGAGGUUGGACGAAUGAGUUUGCCCAUUUGCUGAUCACAGGGAAAUUUCUUUCACCAAUUAGAAAGUAUUUUUUUUGUUAUUGCAUAACCAACCACAAGGAAUGGUUCCAAGCCCAUUUACAAACCACCCUCAACUCCACUCAGCCUCUCCAUCUCAAUUUCCCACCACUCAGAAGACUCUGUCCCAUCAGCCGGAAUAGCUGUGCUCGAAAAAUUAUCAUUUGUUUUGUACUCUCUUUAUCAUUAUCAUCACCAUGGAUAUUUGUUUUCGAAUUGCAUUAGCAUGGUAACAAUUGCUAUAUUUUUUCACGUAUGCAUUCAAUGCAAUUUACCCACUUUGAAUGUUUAAAUGUUUUACCAUAAACAUUGCGGAGGGAAGAGGGCAUUAGGUUUUUUUUUGUGGAGCCAAUAUUGUAUGUGACCUAAUGUUUGAAACAGCAUUUCAACAUUCACCCUGUGUAUGUCACUUGACACGAUAAUGCCUUGGUUGGAGAGAAUGUAUCAAUAUAAAGUUCCACCAUUUAUCAGAUACCUGGAAAAAAAUAUGUUCUUUCAGAUGAAAUGUUUUACACAACUGAUAGUUAUUUUAACAUUAAAUGUAAAAUCAUGCUGUGCUCUUUUUCAACAUCUUAUUUUGAGUGCAGCUCCCAUAUGAUAGCACAUCUUCGUGUCGUUUCAUUGGUUGGACUCGGUAACUACUGAAACCAUUCUCUGCUUAAUAAAUUGAUCUCAAUGAUUUGCUGUGGAUGGAACAGCACCUCCUCAUGAAAUAACAACAGCAGGCACUGUCCCAUUUGACCAACCCGACGGACUUAAGGUGUGGCGCAGGCUAAAACUGUUACAUGAAUAAAAAAUAAAAUGUAAAAUUUUAUACAAAAGAGAACAUUCUAGUUCUGCGGUGUUUGGGUUAGAUUUACGGUGUUGGUGAAUGUACAUUUUCGUCAAAUUGUUGGCAAAAAUGUGCCGAUGUCUCCAUCGCAUAGUUGUUGUAAGGUGAACACGUAACCUUCAAGGAUCGUUCUUGUAGUAUCCCACGAUUUAGAUUUAGGUCUUCAUGCUGGUCGCCAACUGCAACAACGUCUCCUACCCAUCACGACCGCCUUCUCACAAUUGCAUCCACAACACUUGCUUGCCAUAUUGUAUGACAAACUUACACGUUCCUUAUGCUCUUCUUUCAGUGAUUAUUAUAAUCCUUUGCAUGCACCUGAUUCAAAAUGCCAGAACUGUAUAUUUUUGGUGGCUUCGAGUGCAGUGGACACAUCCAGUAUGUAAUAGCUUAUCAAGAAUGCCUCUGAGAAUCUUUAACAAUUGCACAACAUCUUUUAGUUGUGCAUAUGCACUUACUACUUUUUAAUUGCUGCCAAUUAGAAAACAUAUAUUUAAGAAACAUACCACGCCCUCCAGCCACAAUUGUCCCAUUGAUGUGACUUGACCCGGUCAAUAUAGUCCUUUCUGUUGAUAUAAAAACCAAGUCCAAUCACAGAAAUGUUCUUUUGUACUUACCUGGUCGUACAUACACAAUAACGUUUCCCAAGCGGGGACAUUUUCGUUUACUUUCGUUUGAUGUUUGUUUAACUGUUCCAUCAUCAUCAGCCUUGCUCUAUCGACUGCUGUACGAAGGCUUCCCCCCAAAACUUUGCUAAACCCUCGGUUUGUCCAGCGAUGCAUUGUACAGGAGCUCAACUCAUCGCUCCAUCUGUGCGGUUGACAUCCUCCCGGGCACGUUCCCUGCAUUGACUGCCACUCUCGCGUUAGCCCCAAUCCCGUCUGAGUGACACGUCCUGCCCCCAGAGUCCACCUUGUUGCGUGUGAACGGACAGCCUCUGACGUCACCUGUUUGUUCACAAUUGUGUAAACGCAUCGUUCUCAAAUGUUUAACGCGUCGUUGCCUUCGUCCGAACGUGUAUUACGCGACACGUGACCAUACUAACCCGUUAAGUAAGCUUCGAUACGUCGUGAAACAUUAAUGCGCCUAAUGGAUGUAAGAUACGUUUGAAAGGAGGCAUGCAUCAUCUCCGCAAAGGCUGUAAACAUUUCAACACUCGUGUAUUGCAUGCGCAUUGAGGUGUUCCAUUUGCCUGGAGAGAAAAAAAAGUAGCACAUCCAAUUAUAUACAUGACAGUAUGAUAAACAACAAUAAGUACGCGUGCAGAGAAUGUACCAAUGCCGUCCAUGGGUGGCAUUAGGGUUAUGACGCUCUUUUUUACAUCCUAGAAUAGUUAUACGCUUUGAAGGUGUAUUUAGAAUGAGUUGUGCAAUUACACGUGCAUAUGCGAUCUGUCCAGGUGAUGCAACGGUUGAGCGCGCGGCUCGCGAUCGGAGAUUUGUCAAUUCAAAUCCAGGCCAGGAAUUGGCUCGCCCCUUCGUGUUUCCGGGGGUCGGUUAAAACGAGUACAAAUUUAUGCGGAAGUCGGCACUGGUCAACCUCCGCAUAGACUCGGCCUGCCCCAUAGGAAUGUGGAAUUUCCACCACUGGCUCAGCGCUGUGCACAGGAGACAAGUUGAGAGAGACACCACCAAUUCUGCAUUUUGACAGACGAUAUGUACAUUGCUAUUGUGUAUUGGGUAUCCUCAUUAAUGAGGAGGCAAAUCACUUUUCACGGUCACGGUACACGCAAAAAAUCGUGCGCAGAAGGAUCCAUUGUUUUAAAAUCCCAUACAGCACGAUGCAUGUAUGGUAAUUGCACAACGUGACCGCCUGCGGCCAGUAGGGCCGCUACUUUCCCCACACGCACAACGUUUGAAAAUAUAAUUGGUUCUUUCCAUGACAUUCGUGACAUUUCAAAGGUGACGGGUGGGGGGGUGGAGCAUUGAACCACAAUUCUAUUUGUAAUUCAAAAUUGACACUGACAGGACCUUAAUAUGUAUCAAGUACAUUCGUAAAUAAUUGAGUGUAGAGGUACAGCAUUUCGAUACAGCGUUCCCAUUGAUUCAUUGACAGCAUGAGAAAGAGAGAAAAAGCCGCCCUGAGUGUGUCUUGAACUGCGCUACGAUUACGUGGGGAGACCUCCGCUAUAUAAUUGGAUGUACGUUGCUGUUUUCUAAAAAGGUUACGUUUCAUGUACAAAUAUCAAAUAAAUCAUGCUGUCACAUUGUUUUCUUUCCCCCCAAAAAUGUAAAACUUGUCGCAGCUGCA